UAGAGACAGAGCUUGGUUGGUAACCGUCACUAGGGUUUGUGGACAGAAGACUCUGGGCCGCUUGGGAUUUUGAGGAACGAAGUGGGCACGCCCCUAGGAAACUACAGAAGGAUGUCAGAUGCGGAAGAAAGUGUAGAAACAGAAAAUGAAGAGGAGGAAUAUAAUCCAAAUCACGAAGAAGAAAAUCCGCAGCAGAGCCUGACUGGAGACACAUUAUCAUGGGAGGAGUCUCAGGAGAUGGAGGAGAAAUGGGUGGAGGAAGAGGAGCAGAUAGAAGGAGAGGAAGCAAGAGGAAAGGAAGAGAAAAGGGAGGAAGAGGGAGUGGGAGGGGAGGAAGAAAGAGGGAAAGAAGAGGAAAUGAGAGAGGAAGAGGAAGUGGGAGGCGAGGAAGAGGAAGUGGGAGGUGAGGAAGAGGAAGUAGGAGGCGAGGAAGAGGAAGUGGGAGGCGAGGAAGAAGAAGUGGGAGGUGAGGAAGAGGAAGUGGGAGGCGAGGAAGAGGAAGUGGGAGGCGAGGAAGAGGAAGUGGGAGGCGAGGAAGAAGAAGAAGUGGGAGGUAAGGAAGAGGAAAUGGGUGAGGAAGAGGAAAUGGGAGGGGAGGAAGAGGAAAUGGGUGAGGAAGAGGAAGUGGGAGGUGAGGAAGAGGAAAUGGGUGAGGAAGAGGAAGUGGGAGGUGAGGAAGAGGAAAUGGGUGAGGAAGAGGAAGUGGGAGGUGAGGAAGAGGAAAUGAGAGAGGAGGAAGAGGAAAAGAGAGAGGAGAAAGAGGAAAUGGGUGAGGAAGAGGAAAAGAGAUGGGAGGAAAAGGAGAGAGGUGAAGAGGAAAAAGGUGAGGGGAUGGGAGUUGAAAAAGAGGAAAGUAAGGAAAAUGGAGGUGAGGAGGAGGACAAGGAGAGGGGAGAGGAGGAGCAUAAGGGGGAAGGGCAGGAAGGAAAAGAGGAGGGGAAAGAGAGGAGUAGGGAGGAAGGAGAGGGAGGUACUGUCAUAAAAGAAACCGAGAAACAAAUUGGAAGCGCUGAGGAAGAAGGGGCAAAGAAGCCCCCAAAACGAUUCAGCCUAGAUGAUAUCACCAUCAGCUCUGAGUCAUCCACCACAGCAUCUUCCCUGAUUAUAACCUCGGGAAGUAGCAAGUCGUCCUCUCACUCCCAGAGUCCUGUAGUGAGCGAGAUCUUCCGAGAUAGCGGCAAAAGAGAUGAAAUCACUGAGUCUGAGGAGGGACAGAUCGAUUCUCUCAGGAGGUCAUCGAAGGAAGUUAAGGAGGAAACUGGCCAGGAGGCAGAUGUUUCAGCCCGAGAAUCAAAACCGGAAGGUGCUGAAGCAGAAUCUGGAGAACUGGCCUUCCUCACGGAGGAAGAAAGACGAAAAUUAUCCCAGCUCAAAUUAGGGGGUCCCGAGGAGUCAAUGGUGUCCACCUCCACAGAGGACACCUUGUUCCAGAAGGAGGAGGCCUCCAAGGUGUAUCCUUUGACCAUGACCUGGUCCUUUGGAUGGAACAGUUUCCUCCCUGUCUACUACCUCCGGGAGAACCAGAGAGUCAUCCUCUACGUCUGUGCGCACACUGCUGUCAUCUACAGUGUCUUCAGGAACACCCAGUACCACCUCCAGGGCCACCCUAAUAUCAUCUCCUGCCUCUGUGUCAGUGAAGACAGGCGAUGGAUCGCCACAGCAGACAAAGGGCCAGACUGCCUCAUCAUUAUAUGGGACUCCUUCUCAGGAAUCCCAGUGCACACCAUAUUUGACAGCUGUCCAGAAGGUAAUGGCAUAAGGUCAAUAGCCAUCACCCGUGACGCCAAGCUUCUGGCUACCAUCUCUGACGCCGAAAUCCAGAAAGUGUGCAUCUGGAAGUGGACCUUGGCAGUGGAGACGCCCGCAUGCACCCUUGAGCUUCCCAAAGAGUAUGGUUCCCAGAACUAUCUCACCUUCAGCCCAGCGAGCAACAGGGAGCUGGUGAGCAACAGCAAGACGCAGGCCGUCUACUACUCCUGGCAUGAAGAGAAGGGUAUACUUGCUCACAGUGCCCCGAUUUUAACAGAGAAAACGUUCAACAAACUCGUGGGAAAAUUCAGCCAGUCUGUCUUUCACUUGAAGUUAGCACAAAUACUUUCGGCCACGAAGGAAGGGAAGCUUGUUGUCUGGGAUAUCCACUACCCCCCAAAGUCCUUCGUGUCGGCCUUUCCCUUCAUUAAGCCUCGCAAACUGGUGCAUUUACAGAAGGAAGGCAUCACCGUCCUCACCACAGUCGACAACUACAUUGUCACAGGUGAUGUUAAGGGGAGCAUUAAGUUCUACGAUCACACCCUGUCUGUUGUCAACUGGUACAGUAACUUCAAACUAGGUGCCAUAAGGACGCUGUCCUUUUCCAAGAACCCAGCCAGUCCACCUACAGAGAAAUCGAGCCUCCCCACAGACUGCACGUUAAAAGGUGACCUUUUCGUCGUCAGGAAUUUUAUUAUCGGAACAUUUGAUGCUACCGUGUACCACAUGACGGCAGAUGGCACCAAACUCGAGAAGCUCUUUGUGGAGCCCAGGGAUGCCGUUUAUGCCAUCUCCUGCCACCCGUACCAACCCCUCAUUGCGGUCGGGAGUGUCUGUGGGAUGAUCAAGGUGUGGGACUAUGAGAAGAAGGUGUAUCUGUUCAGCAGGACCUUCGAGAAGGGCCUUGGAGUCCAGAGUCUGAGCUACAACCCCGAAGGAGCCCUGCUUGGAGCUGGAUUCACCGAGGGGACAGUUUAUAUUCUUGACGCAAUGUCUUUAGAGAAUGAAAGUCCAGAGCCCUUCAAAUAUUCCAGAACCAGCAUCUCGCACGUCAGCUUCUCGCACGAUUCCAAUUACAUGGCUACUGCUGAUGUCAGUUUCACCGUGGCUGUGUAUAUGGUGGUGGUCAAAAGCGGACAAAGGGUCUGGGAGUACCUGGCGAGACUCCGUUCCCAUCAUAACAGCAUCCGAAGCCUCCUGUUCGGGGUUCAUCUGGACAGCAAUGAGCCCAGGCUGCUGAGCCUCGGGAAAGACAGGUUCCUGAUAGAGUACAAUCUCAUGAAGAGCUACAAAGACCACCUGGUAGUCCUGGACAUCCACCGGACCGACCAGGGGACCUACCCCACCUGCAUGAUCUGGUACCCGCCGCUCACCAAGGAGCUCUUCCUGCUCAUCUGCAACAGCUGCUACAAAGUGAAGCUUUUCAACUCCACCACGAAGAUGUGCAGAAAGACACUUCUUGGACCAGCUUAUGGGUCUCCUGUUGAGCACACACAGGUGCUCCCCGUUAGAUCCACGUUAGAGCUGCAGAAGCGUUACCUGGUGUUCAUCAACAAAGACAAGGUCGGACUCCAGAUCUUACCAGUUGACGGCAACCCACACAAAACAUGUGCUAUCGUUUGCCACCCAAGUGGGGUGGCUGGAAUGGCCCUUUCCUACGACGGUCGCUAUGCCUUCACAUCCGGAGGCCAAGAUUGCUCAGUGGUUCAGUGGGAAAUCAACUUAAGUGCCCUGGAGGCGGCCGUUUCUCUUGGGGGCGAAGACUUGACCCCAUUCUACAGUCUGGUGCCUGGUGGCAGAGAAGGAAAAUUCUACAGGGAGCUGGAGGACUACUUCUACUAUUCGCAGAUUCGCAGCCAAGGCAUCGACACGAUGGAGACCAGGCAGGUGUCGGAACAUAUCUGCCUGUCGGAGCUCCCAUUUGUCAUGAGAGCCAUCGGCUUUUACCCAUCAGAGGAGAAGAUUGAAGACAUGUUUAACGAAAUCAAGUUUAGCGAGUACGUGGACACAGGGAAGCUGAUCGACAAAAUCAACCUGCCGGAUUUCCUCAAGGUUUAUCUUAAUCAUAGGCCGCCUUACGGAAAUACCAUGGCCGGCAUCCGGGAGAGCUUUAAAAUACUGGGUUUCACCAAUUCCCAAGGGGAAAACGUUAUUCGCAGAGAGGACUUCCUGAACUUGCUCCUCACUAAAGGCGAGCACAUGACAGAGGAGGAGAUGUAUGACUGCUUCGCGACGCUGUUUGGCCUGAAUCCUGAGGGGUGGAAAUCCGAGCCUGCGGCCACCCCUGUCAAAGAUUCAGAAAUCUGCCUCGAAGAAGAAAUUCCAGACGAAAUCACCCCAGAAAUAUUCGCGACUGAAAUUCUUGGCUUAACCAUUUCCGAGACUUCCGGACUGUUGAAUUAGUGAAGUCCCUGGGAAUGCUGGAGGCACAAAGCACUCCAGGUGCUCACACAUGCACGCACGUGUGCCUUUUCCAAGGGGUGUUCCUUUUCUGUACACGCCUGCCCCACCCUAAUCUUCAGAACAUUUAGAUAUUAAAAGCCACUUUCUCUUAGACAAUGGAAUUCACACAGUUGGACAUUACACUGUCUGUGAAAGGGAAGAGUGGGUGAAGGUGAGAACAGCUUGACUGGGGGCGGGGGUUCUCAGCCAGUAGCAGGCCUUCCUCAUGGCGUGUAUGCUGCUUCAUGGGCCGCUCUCGCCCUUCCUUUGGAGCGCUGUCUGUACUGCUGGCCUCUGUGGCUGGGAGGAGCAGUUCUGGGCUCCUGGGAGUAGCAGACUAUUUUCUUUCUCAGCAGAAUACCCAAGCAGUUGUGCGUGGCCGUUCCAACGAGCAUCACUGGCCAUGCUUAACUCUGCCAAAAAAAAAAAAAAAAAAAAAGCAGAAGCAACGUGUGUCCCACCGACUGCACCUGGGCCAGAAGCCCCAUAGCCCUGCCCCUUCAUGAUAUAACUGCUUCACCACCUCACCCUCUGCUGGGCUGCAGGGCACUCGAUGGGCAAGAUCAGGGGCUUAAGGACAUCUCUGAGUUUACAGUGAUGUUUUGUUUCCUGCAUGCUGGCAUAAUAAGAGAGUGUUAUGACCUGCCCUUCGAGUUUUCCCUCAGUUCAAAGGUCGAGUUCCAGCAAGUGUCCCUCUGGUACCUUCCAUCACUGUAUCUGCCUACCCCACCAGGGCCUUCUCCUCAGAUGUCAGCAUUAAGAGACGGUUCUCUUUGAAGGGAGGUAAACAUUUUUAAAAUUCUUUAUUCUUAUUUUAUGUGUGCUGGUGUUUUGCCUCCAUGUAUGUCUGCGUGAGUGUCAGAUCCCCUGGCACUGGAGCUACAGACAGGUGUGAGCUGCCUUGUGGGAGCUAGAAACGGAACCCACAGAUAGUGCGUUUAACCACCGAGCCACCUCUCCUGCGCGAAGGGACGAUUCUGAUCCUUUUAGAGCCUUCUUCCUAAGGAGAGACCCAGAAUCACACUGCGUCUCUGCACAUGCACGCAGCCCUCCUCAGGGUGCAGCUGCAAGUUUGUCACACUGAGAAUCUUUGGAAUAGUCUGGAAUGAGGAACAGAACUAUCUACCCCAAACCAGGCUGUGUCGUGGCCACCUUGGGGCAGGCCGCAGGAGUCAGCAGGCACCUGAUUGUCGGAAUGGAGUCUGUCACCAGGGCUUUGCAACCCAGUUUAUGUUUUGUUCUUUUUUUAAAAAAAAAAAAUCAUGGGAAAAAACCACAAGCUUUAUGAAUCGAUUUUGUAACUGCUCAGGGCCUAAGAGAUAGAUUACCAGGCUAGUUAAAAAGUUCCUGGGGACAUUUUAGGAAACAGGAAACUGGCAAAUAACUUGUUCUCAUAAAAACAAAAAACUGGAAUUGAGCGCAGCCUGGACACCAGGCAGGACUUUCCUUUUUCCAAUCUGGCACUUUUUGCAGUUCCUGACUACAGAUAUUGCAAUGGUUGUCAUGAGCAAAAUUGUCAGUGCCACUUGAACCCACCAGGGUUGGUGUCACCGGCAAAAGCAAGUUGGGAUGAUCUCACCAUGCUCAUCCAGCCAUAGAGAAGGAAGCCCAAGGUCCUGGCUAUGGACAGUCCUCCAGGAAGGCCAAAAUAGCCAGGGACAGCGAAGUUAGUCACAGUACCCCACUCUUCCCGUCCCAACACAGUCAGGGGACCCUUCUACCUGGAACACUUCCAGC